UAUGAAGGCGAUUUUACUAUUAGUUCUUUUGGCAACAGGAUUGGCAACUGAAUCAUUUUUAUCAACUUCUCAAGAUAUUAAAGAGAUGGAGUUAUCUGAAAGCAAUUUUUAGAAUUUCUUAAUAGGUUACGCUUUAGGUAAUUAUGUAUAUAGAUAAUAUAUAGGAAUUGGAUUGUUGGAUGCAAUUCCAGAUGCAUUAGGUUGUGUAGGCACAGUGACUGGAUUUAAAGAUUUAUUUUAAAAAGCCAUAGAUGAUCUUAAGACUAAUGACUUAGAACAUAUUGUAGAAGGAGUAUAAAUAUUUGCCAAACUAUUUGAUGGAGUAGCAAGUGAUUGUGGAGAUACUGCUAUUGAAGUAGUAACUUCCUAUAAAAAUAUUAUGGCCAUAAUAAGAGGUAUUUAAUUUUAUAUAUAUUCGAUAAGCUAAGGGAUUCAUUAAAUAAGGAUGGAUUAAUAUUGGUAAAAAUUUGGAAACUGUGGUUGAUGAUAUAUAAUAAUUCUUUUUCUUGGGUGAUGAUGAUUGGAUGUUGAAAGGUGCCUAUAUUGGUGACAUUGUUAAGAUUUAUGUAACUGGAAUACCAAAUGAUAAAUGAUU